AUGGCAACACGACAACAGCUCGAGCCGUCGAGCACUGCCACAGUGUACGUCAACUCAUCGGCCUAUGGCUUCUGCGUCUUGCCAGUCGAGCAAUUGCCAGAGCUCAAGCAGCGCCUCUUGCAAGUCGCAGCGCGUUUCGGACUAGCGCAGCUUCGAGGCACAAUUCUCUUGUCGACAGAGGGCGUGAACAUUCGACUCUCGGGCACGUUCGAGGCCGUGGCGGCCAUGAAAACCGCCAUCGCCGGCCUCGCUGCAGAGAUCCGGGGCCUCGAGUUCAAAGACUCGUCUUCGAACCGGCUCACGAUGCUCAGGAUGCUGGUGAAGAUCAAGAAAGAGGUCAUCUCCAUGGGAGUGCCAGCAGUCAAUCCGGCCGUGGACGGCCUGGCAGCCCACGUCUCGGCGCAAGAGUUCAAAACGUGGAUGGACAAGGGCAAAGAUAUGCUCAUUCUCGACACGAGAAACGACUACGAGGUGCGCUUGGGCACGUUUGACAAGGCCGUCGAUCUCGGCAUCAAAACGUUUCGGGCCUUCCCAAGCGAAGCUCGAGCGCAGCUCCAGCAGGUGCCUAAGGAGAAGCCCAUUGUCAUGUUCUGCACGGGCGGCGUGCGAUGCGAAAAGGCGUCGUACGCGUUGCUCAAUGACGGGCACAAAGAGGUCUACCAGCUCGACGGCGGUAUCCUCAAGUACUUUGAGACAGUGGGCGCCGCGCACUACAAAGGCGACUGCUUUAUCUUUGACGACCGCGUGGCGCUGAAACCCGACCUCACCGAAGCAACGAUUGUCUGCUGCUUUGUAUGCCGCAGUCCGCUCUCGGAAGAGGAACAGCGCUCGCCCGACUAUGAGGUCAAUAAGCACUGUCCGUAUUGCAGAGCUGGUCAGCUGGACGGUCGCCACAGGGACAAGUGA